UUCUUUAUCCCAUUUAACCCCCUCUCCUUUACUUAUUCCCUCUCAUCUAAUAAACCCGGCUCCUCUCUCUCUCUCUCUCUGUAGAAGAGCAGCUUUAGUUGCUCUCUGUAAAAUGACUCCCUCGUUGCUCCUCCUCCUGCUGCUGCUGACGCUGCUCGCAGCAGCCACCGAGGGUAAUCGGAUCCGGGUAAAGAAAGAAACCGGGCAAGGGUCCGACAGAGUCCGGAACUUGCCGGGCCAGCCUCCGGUGACUUUUCGGCAUUACUCCGGGUACGUGAAGCUGGGAGGGGGCAAAGAGAAGGCGCUCUUCUACUGGUUCUUUGAAGCCGAGGGGGGGAAGAAGAAGCCGCUUGCUCUUUGGCUUAACGGAGGGCCGGGGUGUUCAUCAAUAGCGUAUGGAGCAGCGCAAGAGCUUGGCCCAUUUCUGGUCAGAAGCGACGGGCUCAACCUCACCCUCAACCCUUACUCAUGGAACAAGGUUGCCAACAUCUUGUUUCUUGAAUCACCUGUUGGAGUCGGCUUCUCCUAUACAAACAGAUCAUCGGAUUUGAAAGAGCUCGGUGAUCGGAUAACCGCGGAGGAUUCUCAUGACUUCCUUCUGUCUUGGUUUAAGAGGUUUCCUAGAUUCAAGUCUCAUGAUUUCUACAUUGCGGGAGAAAGCUAUGGAGGACACUAUGUUCCUCAGCUUGCAGAGCUCAUUUACGAAGGAAACAAAGCGGCAUCAAAGGAUUCUUAUAUUAAGCUCAAGGGUUUCAUGAUUGGGAAUGCUGUAAUAAACGAUGAAACGGAUCAAAUGGGGAUGGUGGAGUAUGCAUGGAGCCAUGCCAUUAUUUCAGACGAACUGUAUUCUGCGGUCACGAAAGACUGCAACUCCUUUAAAGAAGAAGAUGAUGAUGGCCAAAAUUCAAGCAGCGUACGUGCCUGUUCUCCUGCAGUCAAGGCCUUCAUGCAGGCUUACUCAGAUAUUGAUAUCUACAGCAUCUACACUCCUGUCUGCCUCUCGUCUCUUGAAGAAAGAAGAUCGAGAAAAUCUAAGCUCGUUGCAGCUCCUCGCCUUUUCUCUCAGCAUGAGCUUUGGCAUGGGAUGAGAUGGGGGUUGGCGUCAGGAUAUGAUCCAUGCACAGCAGACUAUGUGGAGAAGUACUUCAACAGAGAGGAUGUCCAAAGGGCUCUUCAUGCAAAUAUCACUCAUCUCACCUAUCCCUAUACUCCUUGCAGUGAGGUGAUAGAAAAGUGGAACGACUCUCCAUCCACCGUCCUCCCGAUCAUCCGUAAACUACUGCACGCUGGUCUCCGCAUCUGGGUGUACAGCGGAGACACAGAUGGUCGUGUUCCAGUAACAUCAACCAGGUUCAGCAUCAACAAGAUGAAACUAAAGCCAAAGAAGACUAAAACUUCUCCUUCAUCGUCAUUGAUCGAUGAAAGCUGGAGAGCUUGGUAUCAUGAGAAGCAAGUUGGCGGGUGGUUGGUGGAGUACGACGAGGGGCUGACGCUGGCCACCGUCAGAGGAGCCGGCCACCAGGUUCCGGUGUUCGAACCUGAGAGAUCGCUCUCUCUUUUCUCCCAUUUCCUUGAGGGGAAGCCUUUGCCUUCUGCUAGAUUUUGAGUGUGGAGGUGUAUUUGUAUGAGUUUGAUGUGCAAGUGUAAAAAAAAAGAAAAUUUUAAAACUCAACUCUUUGUGCGUUUCUGUGCUAUGUUUUUCUGGUGCAGUUUUUGUGCUUUGUUGGUCUAGCUGAAUAACUUUUUCGUGUGACAAA